AUGGUGGUGGUUGGGGGUGGGUGUGGGGGGUGGGUGUUGUAUUGGAUUUUGGGGUGGGGAGUGAGUGGUUUUUGUUGUUUGGGUUUUUUGGGUUUUGGUUGUGUUGAGGGUGAUUGUGUUGUUUUUUAUGGUGUGGGUGGGGUGGUGGUGGGUUGUUUUGGGGGUUGGUUGGUUAUGUGUUUUGGUGGGUGGGGGGUUGUGGUUUGGUGUUGUUGUGGGUUGGUUGUGGUUGUAUUGGGUGGUGUUGGGGGUGUGUUGGUGUUUGUUGUUUGGGUUUGUGGGUGUUGUGGGUGUUGUGGUUGUGGUGGGUUGUGUUGGUGUGUGAGUGGGAUGUGUGUGUGUGUGGUUGUGUGUGGGGGUGUUUUUGGUGGGGGGUUGUGUGGUGGGGGUUUUGGUGUGGUGGGGUUGUGGGUGGUGGGUGGGGGGGGUUUGGUGUUUGUGGUGUUUGGGUGUGUUGUUUUGUGUGUAUGGGUGUGGUUUGGGUUGUGGAGGUUUUGUUGGGGGUGGUGGGGGGGGGGGGUUUGGGUUUUUGGUGGGGGUUGGGUUGGGGGUUUGUGUGGUGUGGUGUGGUUUUUGGUGGGGUUUGGUGUUGUUUGGGUUUUUGGGGGGUGGGUAUUGGGUAGUGUUUGGGUGUUUGGAUUUUUGGUUGUGGUUGGUUGGGUGGGGGUGUGUUUGAGGUUUGGUUUGUGUUGGUUUGUUGUGUGGGUGUUUGGGGGUUGUGGGGUUUGUGUGUUGGGUUUUGAGUGGGUUAUGUUUUUUUGUUAUGGGGGGUUAUGGGGUGGUGUUGGGUGGGGGUGGUAUUUUUUGGUGGGUGUGUGGUGUGGGGGUGGUUGGGUGGGUGGGUGGGUUUUGUGUGGUGGGGUUUAUUUUGGUUGGGUUUUGGUUGUUUGUUUGGGGGUUGUGGGGGUUUUGUUGUGGUGGUUGGGGUGGGGUAUUGGGGGUGUGUUUUUUUUGGGUGGUGGAGUGGGUGUGUUGGAGUGGGUUGUUGGUUGGGUUGUUUGUGUGGGGGGUUGUUGGUGGUGUUUGGGUUGUUGGUGUGGUUGGUGGGUGGGGGGGGGGGGGUGGGGGUUUGUUGGGGUUUUAGUGGGGGGUUGUGGGGGGGGGGGUUUGGUGGUGGGGUUGGUGGGGGGGGGGUUGGGGGGGGGGGUGGGGGUGGGGUGGUGGUUGGGGGGUGGUGGGGGGGGGGGGGGGUGUGGUUGUGUUUGGGGGGGGGGGGUGGUGGGUGGGGUUGUGUUGUGUGUUUUUUGGGGUUGGGUUGUUGGGUUGUUGUGGUGUGGGUGUUGGGGGGUGUGGGGGGGUAUUGUGUGUUGGGUGUGUUGGUGGGGGGUUGUGGGGGGGGGGGGGGUGGGGGGGGGUGGGGGUGGGGUGGUUGGAGUUGGGGUGGUAUUUUUGGUUUGGGUUUGGUUUGUUUGUGGUUUUUGUUUUGGGGGUGUGGUUGGGGGGGUGUGGUGGUGUGGUGGUGUUGUGUGUUUGGGGGGGGUGGGUGUGUGUGUGUUUGGGUUUUUGGGUGUUGGUGUUGGUGGUGGUGUUGGGUUGUGUUUGGUUUGGGGGGUUUUGGGUUGGGGGGGGUGGGGGGGGGGGGUUGGGUGGGGGGGUUGUUUUUGUGUUGGUGGGGUGUGUUUGGUGUUUGUGUUUGGUUUUUUUUGGGGGUGGGGGGGGUGGGGUGGGGUGGGAUUUGGUUUGUUGGGGUUGGGUUGGGGGGGUGGGGGGGGGGGGUGGUGGUUGGUGUUGUUUUUUGGGGGGGUUGUGUGUGGGGUUGUGGUUGUUUGUUGGGGGUGGGGUUGGUGGGGGGGUGGGUGGUGGUUUGGGUUGGGUAGUUGUUUUGGGGUUGGUUUUGUUGUGGUUGGGUUUUGGUUUUGGUUGGUGUUUUUGUGUGUGGGGGUUAGUUGGGGGUGUGUUGUGUGUGGGGGGGGUUGUGUGUGGGUGGUUGGGUGGGGGGGGUGGGGGGGGGGGGGUGUUGGGUUUGUGGUUUGUGGGUGUGGUGUUGGGGGUGGUUUGUUGAGGUGUUUGGGGUUGGGUGGUGGUUUUUUUUUGGUGUUGGUGGGUGUUUGUUUUUGUGUGUGGUUUGUGUGUGGUUUUGGUGUUGUGUUGUGUUUUUUGGUUUUGAGGUUGGUUGUGGUUGGGGGUGGGGUUGGGGUUGUGUGUGGGUGGGGUAGUUUGUGGUGUUGGGUAGGGUGUUUGAUGGGGUGGGUUGGGGUUAGUUUGUAUGGUGGGUUUGGGGUGAAAUGGUUUUGUGGUUGGGGUGGUUUAGUGUUUGGUGUGUGGGGAUGGGGGGUUGUAGGGGUGGGUGGGGGUUGUUGUUGGGGUUUUUGGGUGUUGUGGUUUGUGAGGUGGGGGGUUUGGGGUAGGUUUUAUUUGGGGUGUUGUGGGUGGGGUUUGGGGGUAGGUGGUUUUGGGGUGUGGGGUGGGGGUUUGUUGUGGUGGGGGUUUGUUUUUUGGUGGUUGGGGGUGGGGUUUGUUGAUUGUUGGUGGUGGUGUUGGGGGUUUUGA